AUGGAGGUCGCCCCCGAUGUGCUCCACGUAGUCGGAGCAGAUUUCGAGCAGCGGUUGAAGGAGUUCCGUAUCCAGUCCGCCUCCGGCUUGGGCUGUAGCCUGUCGCCGCCCAUGACGUCGCCCUUCCCGCGAGCGCUUGGCGACCGGGAGCUGAAAAUCCCAAACAAGGUGGUGCUGGCGGAGCCAGAGGUCAGAACAGUGUGGCUGGAGCGGACGCACGUUGCCUUGGCACUCUACUGUGACGGCAUCGCUGAGCACGUACCACCAGAGGAUUUGGCGGAGCGUCUGCGCAAGGGCCGGGGCAGCGAGAAAAGCGUGGCUGCGGAGCUUACGCAAGAAGCGUACAAUCAGGGCAGCGAGCAGAACCUGACGGCCAUCACUGUCUACUUCCGCUGGCCUACGAAGCGUAGCCACGACCAGGUCAAUCCAACUCCUGCGCAGCCCCCGGCCAAGCGGCCGGCGAACGGCGACUCCACGCCCGGACUCCAGGACCCGGCACCGAAGAAGGCUCCUCAAGCAGCUAAGCGUCCGGUGCUGACAGCAGAGGAUGUGAGGAAGGAGAAAGCGUGCCGAAGGACAAAUCGCGGGCACGAACGUGUCCCGUCGCCAACACCUGCAACGCUUAUCGAAGAGCAACGCCCGGGUGAUCAGGCAGAGCACGAGCUGCAGAUCCUCCGCGUAUCAGGGGCGCUGUUCCAAGACGGUGAUGGCGACGUUGCUCAUGAGUUCCUUGGCGAGUCCAACGGCGGCCUUGAGGUCUUGAAAGCGGUUAAGGUCUGA